AUGGCAAUGAUAUUGGGACGCUGGACGGGGCCUCCACUGCCUCCCCCUACACCACCGACGCCGGCCAUGCCCAUCGACCCACGGUUCCUCCUCCUCCGCCUCUUCUCCCGCGGUCGUCCCCCACCGCUGGUGAUCUCUCAAUCGGUCCACGGUUGUGACUCUGUCGCCUCCUUUCCCCUCCGACAUUCGUGGUCUUCCUUUUCUCGAGCAGAAACGGAAGCCGGGGAGAGUUACGCGACGAAGGAACAGAGUGGGAAACUAUGUCGGAUCGAAGAAUCAGAGUCGCCGACGCCCUUCCGGUUGUCUUCCCGUUCGGGAAGAUACCAACAUGUCGACAAGUCUUACCCUGGCGUGAACGCCCUUUGCCACUCACAGACCGUGUCCAUCGGCCGUUAUGAAAGGUUCUACCAAUGGGCAUCGACCUCAAGGGGGGUCGAGGACAUCGAUGUGGGCACAUUUCGCCUCGUUUUGUUCCUGUCCCUCCCUCCUCCUCCCCAUUGGGGUCCUUCUGCUGCUGCUGCUGCUGCUGCUGCUCCAUUUUGGGGGGUUUGUCCUGCUCCUCCUCCUCUUCCAUCGGGGGUCCCCCUCUCUUCCCCUGCCCAUUGGGGGCCUGGCUUCUUCUUCCUCACGUUUCGCCUUUGGCUGCCUUCAUCAUCACCUCGACGGGACGCGUUCAUGUUCGAGAGAUGGCCUCCACCGACGGCAGAAGGAGACGGACCCAUCGACACGCAAAGCAUGAGCGACGAGGAGAUUCCGGCACUCUUUACUUCAGAAGGAGAGGCCGCAAAGGGUGUUGAGGACGAUGUCAAGGAUGAGGACGAAGACAACGACAACGAGAAGGACGAACCCAUGGGUGAUUAG